GCUCAGGCGCGUACGCCGGUUCAAGAUGGCGGCAUUAUCAUUACAAUAACUUCGAAAUACGAUUCGAAAUAAAAUUUCUAAAGAUAGAAAUACUUUUCGGUUGUAUAAUCGACGCUAUUGGCUCCCUUAUCAGUGCUCCAUAGACAUUGGUUUUCAAGAGCGUAAGAGCAUGUUAAUAACCUCUUUACAUACCUAGUUAUGACUCAAGUAUGGUUCUGUGUUAUACUUUAAGGAGAUUUACAAAUUUUAUAUCUUUUCAAGAUGGUGUAAAAGGGACAAGCAAAUUAACUCAUACACGUGUUAAUUUUUGGACGUGUAGGGGGUAAGGUUCGAGCGCGGUGAGCCUCGCGGUCGGCCCUUACUAACAGGUGAGGCGACGACGCCACACAGAACAUGAUACUAAGGUUACAGUGCCCGUUCACGCAGACGUCGCUAGCUAGUUUACGACAAGCGCCCGCCUCCGGGCACUCCGCCGGGCCAGCCUGGUGGACCAUGAUGAACGGUGUCGGCGGCACGCUCUACGAGGAGCCGCACCCGUCACCACCAGGCGGCUCGCCUCCAGCGGCCCCAGCUGCGGCUCCGCCCUCUGCUUCCAGUGCGUCCCCGGCCUCCGUGGGUUCGAACCCACCACAACCUCUGCAUAUACCAGCCAAAAGAUAUGAACCCGAACCGGGCGUCAUACGACACGCUCAGCAGUCGUGGGGUUACCCGCCUGAUGCAGCUGCCUCCUUCGAGCACCAGUAUCCAGCUGGUCCUACGUAUUAUAACCUCCCGGUUGAAAGAGAGCGCAAAUCUGCUUUGCCAUUUUGGCCGGCGAGCGGUGGAGAGUACAAGCCUUAUGCCGAUGGUUGUCAUCAGGGCUUCUCACAACCUUGUUGGAACUAUCCAUAUGGCGCUCCGCGAGGAGACCAGCCUCUGUCCUACGUUGGGGGAGAAGAGCGCCGAGCUGCCGUUUCAGAAGCAUCCGGGUUCUCACAUGAUGCUUAUGGCCUACGUAACUAUGCACCUGACACAGUAUCGAGUGCACCUUAUCCGCCUCCUAGUGCAUUACCAGGAUCGCUGUCGAUGUCAGUCGGUGUUGGAGUAGGCUGUGGCUCAUCAAAUCCCUUGGACUGGACAGGUCAAGUGACCGUCCGGAAAAAGCGCAAACCAUACUCAAAGUUCCAAACUUUGGAACUAGAAAAAGAGUUCCUGUUCAACGCUUACGUCUCGAAGCAGAAGAGGUGGGAACUGGCACGAAAUUUGAAUCUUACUGAGAGGCAGGUGAAAAUAUGGUUCCAGAACAGACGAAUGAAAAAUAAGAAGAAUUCGCAGAGGCAGGCGGCACAGGCGGCCCAAAACAAUAACAACAAUUCGAACGCCAACAACCACAACCACCACGCCGGCCACCACCACGCGCCGCACCAUGUGGCGCUGCACCACGCGGCGCCCGCCAAACACCAUCAGUGACCCGCGCCCUUCUCUGGGACUUACCCCCUUCAUCACGGUAUAGCCAGCUAAAUCCGAGGAAGGCCAAGUUCCGAUUGACUCGAGUGUGUUGUGUUUGAUGGUCGUACUUAAGAGGAUUGACGUCCAGCGCUUGUUACCCGAAUAGAUAUUGCGAUUGAGCUGUACCGUGGUUUACGUAAAACGGACGCUUCGCCGGACCGGUGCCGGUGCGCCGCGAGUCCCAGAGAAUCUCAUAGUAAGAUAAUCAUUGUGUUGUCGAUUUGUGUAUAGUAUUAAUUACGAAAUGUUCUUGUAAUUUUAAGCAGACUAAGUGUAUGAGUAGUAGUUACGAUUCCUGAUAUUGAUAGAAUAUAGUGUAAUACAGAUGUAUUUUAAAGUUUAUUUAAGUAUCUAUAAUGCAAAUAAUAUUUUCAGCUCAUGAAUUAUGAUUUCUAGAUAGUUUAUCUAUUAAAAUAAAUUUGUAAAAUAUUUUUGUGAGACUGCUUUAUUGUUGUAUUCUUAACGCUGUUUGGAAAGUGUUUAAGACCUAAUCAGUUACAUUUAUUUUCGUUACCAAAUUGUUGAAUUACUCGGGUUGCUUUGGUGGCAGUUAUUAAUAUUUUUGCGACGUGUUCUUUGGACGUAGAGUUAAAUAUAAGAGAGCAGCCAUGUAGGGAAAUAAGUGCAUCGUAAUACUUAAAAUUUUAAAAGAAUGGUUAUUAUUCUCUCAUAAAUUAAGCUAUUAUGAAAAGCAUAUAUACCUAAUUAUGAUCAAAUAUUUAUUACUGUUUAAUUUCUUAUCUCAUUUUGUUAUUUAAAUUAUGGAUUUCUGACAAAGCUUUAACUCAGUUCCAGUAGAUAUAUAAAUUAAGUUACUGUUAUUUGAAAAUAUUGAAGUUGAUGUUGUAAUCAAUUUAAUUAGGUAAUAUGGGCAAGUGCAUUACUAUUGUCCUCUAUUGACUCAUUGUACUGUUCGCUUAAGCCGAUCUAUUGCUUAUAUAUUUUUUUGUUUUAGUUAAAUAUUUUAUUAUUUAUUUAUAUACGAAUUUAUGUAAACAGUCUUUUUAAUACUAUUGUCAUAAAUAAGUUUCGUCUUUUCGUACAUCGAAUAAAAUCGUGAAAACGUAGGUGUACUUUGUACAGUUAUUUGAAAAUAUUCUAAUGUAAGUAUCGAUAUAAAAUAUUCAUUGAUAGUGAUAUGAAUAAAGUCAUACCAGUCUUAAAUUGUCAUGUUACUAUUUAGCUACUUAUUCGUACAUCUUUCCUAUUUUAUCGUAUAUCUGUGUAAUAAAUGUUCUAUCGUAAACCUAGUAGAUCGCUAAAUCUUUAUUGUUCUGUAAUAAUUUAGAUGAUUAGGUGUUUUGUACAAAAUGGCGACCUCGUCUAGGUAACCGAAUUUCUACAUAAGCGCAACGCAUCUCUGCUUAUUUAUGUGUCGACCUGCAGCUAAUACGAUAAGAGCACACCAUUUUAUUUAGAAUCAUUUUUACCAUAAAAAUGAGAUUCGCAUAUUAUUAUUUUGUGUGAAACUCAAAUCUUAUGGACUAUAAACCAGAGAACAGCUAUAACUAUAUUAAUUGUGAAAAUUUUCUUCUGAUAAUCGAAAUAAUUUGUGUUAAAAUGAUUGAAGCAAAUUCAAAUAGAGACAAAGGUGCGGUCUUAUCUUCGUAUUAAAAUUAAUAUUAACAGAGGUCUCGUUCCUGAAAAGCAAUUUAUACCUGUGAAUGAAUACCUUUCUAUAAACUAUUGGAAAUAAUUACAACACAUACCCUGCAUAUUUAUCUUUAUCUAUGAAUGUGUUCACAAAAAUUAAAAAAAUAAUCGUAUAGAACGUUGGCAAAGUACUUACCUAUUUCUUUUAUGGAAUUUGACAAAAAAACUUAACAAAAAAUAAUUGCUUUUCAGGCUCUCUUAAUUAUAAGCUCCAUAUAUUUCAAACUGUAACUUCAGUAGAAAUUUCUGAUAGUAACAUAAUAUUUUCUUCUUAUUAUAACUAAUAAAGGUCUCGAAAUAAACAUUGUACAGAUAAAUUAAUUAAUUUAGUUAUUUAAACAUCACGCAUGAAGUGUGAAGUUUUAUUCAGUAACGAUGUAAGUAUAAUUAAAAUGAAUGUGCUCUCGACAGUUUUUGACGAAUUUAGAAAAAGAAUGUAUGAAAGGGAAAAAAAUAAAUAUUUCGUCGUGUC